AUGUUUAGCAAUCAAUUAUAUAAAUAUCGAAGGUUAUACCAAUAGUCAUUUAAGUUAAAGUCUUAGCAUGAAAUACCAGAAUUUUAGAUAACAGCCAAAUUUUAUGAACAUUAAUCAGCAGCAUAAUUGCUACAUUUUGAUGCUUAAGAUAAAAAUUAGACAUUCGCAACAAUUUUUAGAUCAGAACCUACAAAUAGUUAAGGAACUCCACAUAUUCUAGAACAUUUAAUUUGUUGUGGAAGUGAAAAGUAUCCAGUUAGAGAUCCAUUUAUGGCAAUGAUAAAACGUAGUAUAAAUACAUAUUUGAAUGCAUGGACAGGACCUGAUUAUAUUUGUUUUCCGUUUGCUUCAUUAAAUUAAAAGGAUUUUCACAAUUUACAGAAAGUUAUAAUGGAUUUGGUUUUUAAGCCUACAUUAAAUGAAUUAGAUUUUAGAUAGGAAGGAUCAAGACUUGAUUUUGAUAAAGGCAAAUUACUUUAUAAAGGAAUUGUUUAUAAUGAAAUGAAAGGGGCUAUGUAAAAUCCAGAAAGUGUAUUUUGGUAAGAAAUGUAGACCUAUCUAUUAAACAAUACUAUUUAUCAACAUAAUUUUGGUGGAGAUCCUAAAGUUAUACCAUCUCUUACUCAUUAAGGUCUUUUAGAUUAUUACAAAUAAACAUUUUAUCCAAGUAAAGCAAUCUUUUAUUCUUAUGGAAGUGAUUAACCUAAUUUUGAUUUAUUAGAUCAAUAUGUGAAUGUAUAAAGACAAAAUUUAUAACAUACACCUUAAUUAAUUAAAACAUUGACACCUCCAGAUAUAAUAUCAUUGCCUUAUUAAGAUGGAGAUAAAUAAUGUUUCCUUGCUUUUUAGACUAUUAUUAAAGAAGUUGAUUAUGUAUAACAGUUAGCUUUAAGUAUUAUCUCUCAUGUACUUUUUGAUAAUUAAAAUGGAUUAUUAUAUUCAUUAAUUGAGGAGGGACUUGCAGAAUCUUUUAGUAGAAAUGUAGGAAUCGAGACUUAUGGUGAUAAUUUGGUUUUUAGUAUUUCAUUUUAAGGUGUUGAGGAAGAUCGAAAAAGUUUAAAUAUCAUAUAAGAAAAAAUAAAAUAAAUAUUAGAUUAAUUAACAAAAGAAUUUCCUCAGGAUAAAGUUGAUGCUGCUUUACAUUAAAUAGAAGUUUAAUUUAAAAUGCCAACUUCAGAAAUGGGGUUAAAAUUAUUAAAAUUUUUAAUUAACCCAAUAAUUAAUUAAAAAAAUUGCAUUGAAUAUUUAGAAAUCAAUAAAAAUAUGGCAAUCUUGAAAUAAAAAAUUUAAUCAGGCUAUUUGUAAUAAUUAAUAAAAGAUCAUUUUUAAAAUCCUUAUACACUAUUUGGACAACCUGAUAAAAAAUAUAUAUAGAAUCUUAUAUAAAACGAAAAUAAAUAAUUGGAAGAGAUUUAAAAAUCAUUAAAUUAAGAAGAAAUAGAUAAAAUAAUAAAAUUGAAUAAGGAUUUGGAUAAUAGAGAAGAAUCAGAUUUUUCAAUACUCCCUACUAUUGAAAUAUAAGAUUUAUAAGCUAGAAUUGAAAGGGUUAAAUUUAAUGAGGAUACUAUUAGAGGAGUUAAAGUUUUUGAAACUAUUCAAAAAACAAAUGGAUUAACUUUUUUUAAAUUCAAGUUUAAUUUAGGAGAUAUUUCUGAAGGCACAAGAUAAUAUAUAGAUUUUUUCGUUUAAUUAUUUGGUAAGUUUGGAACAACAAAUUUCUCUCAUUCAUAGAUUAGUUAAAUGUUUAGUGAAUUUACUUUAGGGUUAGAAGUUUCAUAUGAUUCAGUCUAAAAAAAAGGAACUUAUUUGAUGUUUAGUAUAGCAUGCUUAAAUUAAAAUGUUUCUAAAACACUAGAAUUAUUAUCAGAAUUAUGUUGCAAUAUAAUAUUCAAAGAUAGAUCUCAUUUGGCGACAUUAUUAAGAAAUCAUAAAGUUAUGUUAUAAAAUCAAAUAUUUGAUGAAUAGUUACAAUAUGCAGCUUAAUUAGCAACAUCUUAAAUAUCAGAAUAGUAUUAUUUAACUGAUACAAAUUUUAACACAAAAUUUUAACUUUAAUAUACUCAUCAUUAUUUAAAAGCUGAUAAUCAAAGGAAAUCUAUGUAUGUAGAUGAUUUUGAGUUUUAAAUGACAGAUAUUUUAUAUACAAUAAUGAAUAAACAUAAAUUGGAAGUGAUUAUUCAUUAAGAUGGAUCAGCAAAUUACAUUUAAAGUCUUGAAUAAUUUAUCAACUCUUUAAGACAUAAAUAUCCAGGAUUUGACAUGGAUCCUCAACCUUAAUAUAUAGAAUAAUUCAUUGAGAAAUUCAAUAGUGUGGCUUCACUUAUCCCAUCUUAAGUGAAUUGUUCAUCUAGAGCAUUCAAAAUACCAUACUUCACUCAUGAAGAUACUCCAGCAAUAUAAGUAUUAGGAGAUUGUAUUUCUAAUAACUAUUUACAUAGAGAAAUUAGAGAGAAAGGAGGAGCAUAUGGAGCAGGUUGUAGUGUUAGAUCUAUUAUGGGAACAUUUUGUCUUUGGAGUUAUAGAGAUCCAAAUUUAAUAAAUACUUUUAAGAUCUUUGAUAAUUUAUAAUUGGAACUUGAUGAAUAAAAAUUAAAUGAAGCUAAAUUAACUGUAUUCUAAAGAUUAGAUUAGCCAAUAGAACCAUAAAAUAAGGGUUUAGAUUAUAUUAUUACAGGAUUAAAUUAUGAAUAAGUUGAUGAAAUGAGAGAAAAAGUAAUUUCUGUAUCAAUUUCAUAAGUCAGAAAUGCUUUUGAAAAAUAUCUGAAAUGUUAGCCUUAUAGCCAAGGGAGUAUGCUAUCAGAAGAACAUUAAGAUAUCUAAGAAUUAGUAAAACUAGGAUGGUAAAUAAAUAAAAUAAGUAUUGAUUGA